AUGGCGUGUGGUAGCAGGCGGGUCACCAUCCAGCUGGUGGGAGAAGAGGCAGGGCCUGGAACCGGAGGCCCAAAGCCCUUUCGGGGCCAGAGAUACGAGGCCAUCCGAACAGCCUGCCUGGAUGAGGGGAUCCUGUUCCAAGACCCCUACUUCCCUGCUGGCCCUGAUGCCCUUGGCUAUGACGAGCUGGGGCCGAACUCCGAGAAGGCGAAAGGGGUGGAAUGGAUGAGACCCCAUGAGUUUUGCGCUGAGCCCCAGUUCAUCUGUGAGGACAUGAGCCGAACAGACGUGUGUCAGGGGCGCCUAGGGAACUGCUGGUUUCUUGCGGCCGCUGCCUCCCUCACUCUGUAUCCCCGACUCCUGUGCCGGGUGGUCCCCCCCGGACAGAGUUUCCAAGAUGGCUACGCGGGUGUCUUCCACUUCCAGCUCUGGCAGUUCGGCCACUGGGUGGACGUCGUGGUGGACGACAGGCUGCCCGUGCGCGAGGGGAAGCUGAUGUUCGUGCGCUCGCGUCAGCGGAACGAGUUCUGGGCCCCGCUCCUGGAGAAGGCCUAUGCCAAGCUCCACAGCUCCUAUGAGGUGAUGCGAGGCGGCCACAUGAAUGAGGCUUUCGUGGACUUCACGGGCGGCGUGGGCGAGGUGCUCUACCUGAGGCAAGACCUCCCAGGCCUCUUCUCUGCCGUGCGCCAUGCCCUGGCCAAGGAGUCCCUCGUGGGCGCCACCGCCCUGAGCGAUCGGGGCGAGUACCGCACAGAAGACGGGCUGGUGAAGGGCCAUGCGUACUCAGUCACGGGCACGUACAAGGUGACCCUGGGCUUCACCAAGGUGCGGUUGCUGAGGCUUCGGAACCCAUGGGGCCGUGUGGAGUGGACCGGGGCCUGGAGCGACAGCUGCCCGCGCUGGGAUGUGCUCCCUAAAGAGUGGCGGGAUGCCCUGCUGGUGAAAAAGGAGGAUGGCGAGUUCUGGAUGGAGCUGAAGGACUUCCUCCGCCACUUCAACACCGUCCAGAUCUGCUCGCUGAGCCCUGAGGUGCUGGGCCCCAGCCCGGCUGGAGGCGGCUGGCACAUCCACACCUUCCAAGGCCGCUGGGUGCGCGGCUUCAACUCCGGCGGGAGCCAGCCUGGCACUGAAACCUUCUGGACCAACCCCCAGUUCCGGCUGACGCUGCUGGAGCCUGAGGAGGACGAGGAGGACGAGGAGGAUGAGGAGGGGCCCUGGGGGGGCUGGGGGGCAGCAGGAGCGUGGGGCCCUGCGAGGGGGGGGCGCAUCCCCAAGUGCACUGUCCUUCUGUCACUCAUCCAGCGCAACCGGCGGCGCCUGAGGGCCCAGGGCCUCACUUACCUCACCGUGGGCUUCCACGUGUUCCAGAUCCCAGAGGAGCUGCUGGGCCUGUGGGACUCCCCGCGCAGCCGCGAGCUCCUGCCGGGCCUGCUGCGCGCCGACCGCUCGCCCUUCUGCGCCCGCCGCGACGUGAGCCGCCGCUGCCGCCUGCGCCCCGGCCACUACCUGGUGGUGCCCAGCGCCGCCCGCGCCGGCGACGAGGCCGACUUCACGCUGCGCGUCUUCUCGGAGCGCCGCCACACAGUCGUGGAGAUCGAUGACGUCAUCAGCGCCGACCUGCACGCCCUCAUGGUCCCCUACAUUCCCCUGGAGCGGGGGUUGGAGCAGCUGUUUCAGGAGCUGGCAGGAGAGGAGGAAGCACUCAGUGCCUCUCAGCUCCAGACCUUAUUAAGCAUUGCCCUGGAGCCUGCCAGGGCCCAUGCCCGGACCCCUGGAGAGAUCGGGAUCAGGACCUGUGAGCAGCUGCUGCGCUGUUUUGGGAACGGACAGAGCUUCACCCUGCACCACUUCCAGCAGCUCUGGGGCCAUCUCCUGGAGUGGCAGGCCACAUUCGACAAGUUUGACGAGGAUGCCUCUGGAGCCAUGAACUCCUACGAGCUGAGGCUGGCGCUGAAUGCGGCAGGCUUCCACCUGAACAACCAGCUGACCCAGGCCCUCACGAGCCGCUACCGGGACAGCCGUCUGCGGGUGGACUUCGAGCGCUUCGUGUCCUGUGCAGCCCAGCUCACCUGCAUAUUCCGCCACUGCAGCCAGCACCUGGAAGGAGGCGAGGGGGUCGUCUGCCUGACCCGCAGACAGUGGAUGGAGAUGGCCACCUUCCUCUAGGAUCUCUGCAUGGAGCACCUGUGGCCGGAGGCAGAAGCAUGCCAGGAGGCCUUUCUCCUCUCCCAGCCGGGACUGGGGUUUAUUCCACAGGGAGGGGGGGGUCUGAGCACCAGCGCCCCCUCCGCCUCUCUGCCUGGCACGUGGGGCUCUGUCUGGUCCCAGCACUCAGCAGUGGGGUGAGGCCAGGCAGGUCCCUGCACACCUCCGUGCUUUGCCCUCCUCAUGUAUAAGCAGGGACGGGCACGACACUGUUCUUGUGCAGGCCCCACGUGUCAGCACUGGGGACAGUGCUGGGCCUCGAGCCGGUCCCCAGCGGCACUCAUGUUUGUUUACACACUCACGGGGACAGGGGUCUCCCACGCCCAGCCUUGCUCUGGGAAGAGGUGCUCCCGUGGCUCUCCUAAGAGGCGGAGAACAGACAGGAGAGAGAGAGAGAGAGAACACGGUAGGAAUCCUUCUUAAAAAUAUUACAUGUUUUAUUAUCCUGUCCCCAGAAGGUGGUUUAUCCAGAAACCGAGAAAAAAAAUAGAAUAAACUCAAAAAAGGGGGGGAGGGGAAGGGAGCAAAACCCAUCAACUAACAGGCAGCCAGGCCAGCAGCCCACCCUCCACCUCAGGAGGGUCCCCAGAGACCCAUGCCCAACGACAGACAACAGAGAAAAAUCAGUAAGGGGCUGGGGGGAGGGCAGCAAAUCAGCUAGGUCUUCAUUAUGAGAGCAAGAGGCAGGGAGCAUAUGUUGCUAGGUGAAUAUAUAUUUAUAUAAUAAAUCC